AUGGCAACGCCUGCCUUACUUUUUACGCUGCUGGUGGCAGCCUUGCCAGCCACUGCAACGGAACUGACCUCUCCUCGCGCCAACGAAGUUAUUGAAACGUUGUGGUUCGAAACUUCUUUGAGAAGCAGCCUGUUCUCGACGUGCAUCAGACAAGCAGCUUUGCUGCCGGGAAGUCUCUGGUUGGUAGCCAUAGGGCAACAAGGCUUCGUGCAGGUCACAAGCUCAAGUGCUCAGAACAUCACAUGGCAGGUCGCUGAUGAUGCUAAGACUCUCUUCGCUUGUGCCCAGGCCACCGUGGACGCUGCCAAACUGAUGUUCAAGUUCAAUGGAGGGUCCUGCAUGAUCGCAAUGAAUGGUUUCUAUAAUCCAUGGAAUGAUGCAUGCGAUGGUGAGACGGUCUAUGUCGGCUAUGAUGGUACAAGUGGAUGCCUCACUCUUUUUGGCGGGUUUUUGGAUGGCCAAAACAUAACGAAUGAUGGACUGUGCUACUCGACGUGUGUUGGAACGAAAGUACACCUUCAAGAUGAUACUGAAGAAGAAAUCCCGCAAGAUGCAGUGUCUUGCAUUGGAACUGACGCACUCCCCCACAUCCUCACAUCAGAUAUUGCACAGAGCUUCUGUACGGCAGCGAUGGAUUGUGCGUUGAUUGGACUCGCCCUGGCCCAAGUAGACACGCAGGAGAACUUGAAUGCCGUGAUGAGCGCCGCUGCCUCGAAAUCUGAGGCGCCACAUUUCUGGGUGAACGUGCGAUACAUCGACGGUGCUUGGGUCCACAUGCCCAGCAGGACACCCGUGGCCGCUGACAUGUGGGAUGGUCCCGCUGACACCUCCUCCUGCGUGGUCAUCCUGCAGUCCGGGAAACUUUCGACAUGGCCGUGCACCGAUAACCUUUACUUCAUGUGCGUCGACACCAGCAAGACCAUCGAGCCGUGUCCAUAGACAUGAUAACCUUUACUGCACCGAUAACCUUUACUUCAUGUGCGUCGACACCACCAAGACCAUCGAGCCGUGUCCAUAGACAUGAUAACCUUUACUGCACCGAUAACCUUUACUUCAUGUGCGUCGACACCAGCAAGACCAUCGAGCCGUGUCCAUGGCGAUGACGUGCUACGGCUGCGCUGCGACGAAGACGUCGAAUCGUGUUAGAGAUAGAUGACGCUAAACACGUAAAUUAAACAGCUUUCAAAAAUGUUCUUCAUAGGUAGUUUUACAGUGUUUGCAAUAGGAAAAACCCUGUCAUAAUUUGAUGGUUUUGAUGGUAAGAUUAUUUUCAGGAUAAGAAUUAAUUUUAUUCAAAUUAAUUGACCAUGGUUGAACAUUUUUUCAAUUUUAUGUGAGAACUCCUCAUCUUGAUAAAACUGGACGUAAGAAAAUUUGGAGUGCAUUUGCACAGAAUUGUCCUUUUUCGAGAAAAUUUCAACUGUCAUAAAUUUUGGGUGUAUUGAUCUCUUUGAUCUACACCCAAAGUUUGGGUGUAUUGAUCUCAGGAUGCCAGCUAUACAAGUCGCCUAGAAAUUGCCAUUUAAACGCUAUUUUUAUAGAAUUGAGCAGCACGCUAAAAACUCGUGUAUGGUGCAUUUUUGUCUUUAGAUAAAAUAAUA